AUGACUUCCCCAUGUCUACCCACUCCCUCACUCAAACCCAAGGUCCUUCCAGACAUCCCCCCACUACCACACUUCACCCAACCAACCACAUCCAUCAUCCUCCGCAGAUUACCCAACACCAACCCCCAGAUGAUCAGCCAACAGCUCCAAGAGCAUGCAGCCAUCUUGAGGAUCACACCCUUCCGCAUCACACCCUACCCUAUCAGGGAGGAUGCCUUUGUUCUCACCCUUGAACAGAGGCACGCCUCUAUCCUACAUCACACCAUCAACCAUGCUGCCCCCCAACUCCUCCAACAACACUCCAACACCACCAGGAUCUCCCCUCCUGCCCCUGGCACCAGCCCACUCCCAGUGCCCCCUUAUCCUCCUUCCAUUGACUCAACAACCCCUCGAACAGCCCACAACACUCCAGCAGUCACUGUGCCUCCCUCCUGGGAACCACAGACUGCCAGUGUGUCAUUUGACCCCAUCUUUUGCCUACUUGUUGGCCUCUAUCUAACAAUUUUUGCGCAUUGGAUGGGUUACACCCUGCUCUGGUCCAGCCUGAGGAGUACCACCUCCUACGGGCUCUGCUGGCAUAUUGCUUUGCUUGCCAAGGCAAUUGCCACAGCUUGGGAUCUGAUCACCCAGACAAACUUACUGGCGAGCACUCUUUGGUCUGGCAAUCUAUCUGGUCCUCACGGCCCCUUUGGUAAUAAUGGUUUCAAUACCGACAAAAUCCUGUUUAAGCCCCUGUAA